CAGCCAGCCCGCCACCCAGGACUAUGUGGAGCGCCAAGGACAUCACCCGAGGGGGACAGCCCCCGGCAGGCUGGCCCGGGAGGCUCAAGGCAGCCAUCGCGAGAUCCUGGGCCACUUGCCCUUCCUUCUCCACCGUCUACUUCCUCUUCAUCAUCGUCGUGGCGUCUACCUUCUUCCACUGCCACUGGCGCCUGGCCGUGGUGCCCGGCCCCUGGGCCUACUCGGGCCGCGUCGUCCUGCUCCCCAGAUCUCUGCCCCGGGGCGGCAUGUUCACCAUCAAUGCCCAAGGGCUCCUGGGGAACCAGAUGGGGGAGUACGCCACCCUGUACGCCCUGGCCCAGAUGAACGGGCGGCCCGCCUUCAUCCCGGCCGAGAUGCACCGCGCGCUGGCGCCCAUCUUCCGGAUCAGCCUCCCCGUCCUGGACCACACCGCGGCCGGCAGGAUCCCCUGGCGGAACUACCCCCUGAACGACUGGAUGGAGGACCGCUACCGCCACAUCCCGGGCGAGUACGUGCGCCUCACCGGCUACCCCUGCUCCUGGACCUUCUACCACCACGUGCGCGACGAGAUCCGGCGCGAGUUCACCCUGCACGACCACGUGCGGGCGGAGGCCCAGGCGUUUCUGCGGCGGCUGCGGGUGGGCGGGCGGCGGCCGGGCACCUUCGUGGGCGUGCACGUGCGCCGCGGCGACUACGUGCACGUCAUGCCCCGCGUGUGGAAGGGCGUGGUCGCCGACCGCGGGUACCUGGAGCGGGCCCUGGGCUGGUUCCGGGCCCGCCACCGCGCCCCGGUCUUCGUGGUCGCCAGCAACGGCAUGGCCUCCUCCCGCGGCGACGUGGUGUUCGCCGGCAAUGGCCUUCAGGGCUCGCCGGCCAAGGACUUCGUCCUGUUCACGCAGUGCAACCACAGCGCCGUCACCGUGGGCACGUUCGGGAUCUGGGCCGCCUACCUGGCGGGCGGGGACACCAUCCACCUGGCCAAUUUCACCCUCCCGCACUCCCCCUUCCGCUGGAUCUUUAAGCCCCAAGCAGCCUUCCUGCCGGAGUGGAUGGGCAUCGCUGCUGACCUUGGCCGGGCCAGAGAGAACAGCCCCUAGCCCCGCACGCGCCUCCCUGGCCCUCGGGCCGGCAGGCGGGCCCAGAAUCAGGCACCCACGGCCUGCCUCCCGGCUGCUCUGCUUCUGAGCUGGGCGGCCUCGAACAAGUGACUUAACCUCUCUGUGCCUUUGCGGGCCACGUGCAGAACAUAAUACAGGACUUCCCUCAGCGGCUCCUCGCAAGAACCCAGCAAGUCCAUUCGGUGCCUUGAAAACACGCGUGUUGGGGAAGCCGGGUCAUAGGUCCUGUGGACCGUCCCACGUUCUGGACUUGGCUCAAUGCACCCUCGCGGUGUCCAUUCACUGGCGACUUUAUCCUCCUGUUUUUCUGAAGACCGGUGAUCACACCGAGAGGCUUGAUCCGAUUCAGAUUUUUUUUAAAGCUGUGUGACCCUGAGCGAGUUAGUUCACGUCUCGGGGCCUUGGAAUCUCCGCCUGCACCACAGGGCCGCUGAGCGCACGGAACUCACCCGGUGGCGAAGAUAGAAGGAGGUUAGCAGACCACGUAAAUGCUGCGGUUGGGGCCCAAAUAAAGAAACCCAGGAGGACCCCGGCAGGGCUGAGUCCGGACGAGCCUGGCCGGGCUGGACUCGGCCGGCCUCCUCCCGAGGGGCCUCCCGGGCCAGCGUCCCAGCAGUCACGUGGGGUGGGAGGUGGGGCGCCCAGCACACCUGGCUCCCUAAAGCCCGCCACCCCCCCACCCCCCCCCCCCUACGGCUCGGGGAGGCCAGGUAGAGCCUGGGCGGGGUUUUCCGGACCCGGGUGCUGGAAGGUUCCGAUUUCUGAGUGAAGGGUCGAUCUCCGACGAGGGAGCACCCCGAUCUGCUCGCCGAGCAGCCCCGUCGUCGGCCCCCGGAUUCCUGCGGCCGGAACCAGGGCCCAGUUCACUGUGCUCAUGGGUUUCUCUGGUCCCUCUUGGAUAUGGCUCAACAUGGCUGCACGCGGGCUCUCACAGGCCCUUCAGCUGUGGGGCCCACAACCAACCAGCCACGCUCCCUGUGUUUCUAACUUCAAAUUCCUAAGGGAGAGACUCUGCUGGAUACAGACGCGUCUCUUGAGCCCGCGCCCAUGCCCACACAAGGGCCGCCUUGGACCAAAGUCAGAUGAUGCCCUACUGGCUGCGUUUUGCUUUUUUUUUUUUUUUUUUUUUUAAAUAAAGACACCAUUGCUAUUGGAUUACGGCCCACCUUAGGAUGACCUCAUUGUAACUUGGUCACUUCUGUAAAGACCCUGUGUCCACAUAAGGUCCAUAUUCUGCAGUAUCAGGAGUUAGGAUUCCAAUACGCCUUUUGGAGACAGACACAACCCAACGCAUGGCACACAAGGUCUAUGGGUUGAGUGGGCAAAAAUGUACUACCUUCAUACAGUCUACCCCUUGACUGCCAUCACACGUAUGCUUCAUCUCAUACCCCCAACUCCAUUUAAAAAAAAAACAAAAAACAGGGGUGCCUGGGUGGCUCAACUGACUAAGCGUGGGACUCUU